AUGGGAAAUUCAACGCUUGUUGGUUGGGUAGGGAGCUCUUGUGCAAUGUAUGACAUUGACCUCAUAUAUGAGAAGAUACCGGUGAUAUUAGAUGACUCCAAAACAUGGCAUAUUGUUCUGUCCACAAGUAUGAAUGAAGUUGGAAGAAGAGGGAAUUGCAUCUCUGAGAUCAGAUCAUGA